AUGAAACCUGAGGACGGAGGUGAGUGGCGGAGACAGACCCAGACGCGAGAAGCAUUAGCCUUGCUCAGACGCAUUCCAGCUUGUUGCGAGGUCAGAAAUUCGGGAAACAGUGCACACAGACGACUUCAUUUCUCUCCCAUUCCCAACCCCAGUCUCAAUACCAUUCCCAUCUCCAUCCCCAUCCCCAUUCCCAUCCCCAGGCCGCCGCCGCCGCAGCCAGCCUUCUCCAACACAGGUCAACCUCCCAGCCCUCAUAUCCCGUUUCCAUCCAACUGCCUCCCCUUCUGCCUCGGAGCGGCACCCGCCUUCCCAAACGCCAUCGCUAAGAACGCUCCAAUGCUAGGUGAUGUAGAAAGUUCAGACAUUAUAGGCUGGGCCAAGAUCUAGUAGGCAGCGUACGCGGGUCGCUUGUAGGAUCUAGGUCUGGAGAAAGUCUGGGAACAAAUUCUGUGUUUCAUGUGUAUGCCCAAGUCUGACAUGGGCCGCGAUGUGGCUCGAGGCAAUUGCAUGGCUUCUUCCCUGCGGCGCGUGGCAGCGUGUGUCCGAGUGGGCGAUCUGCAGCUGGUGCAGUGUGGCUAGUGAGAAUCGGCGCUGACCGGUUCUUGCGCUUGGGGACUGGCGGUAAUGUCACUGGAUAGACAUCGGCUGAGCGUGUGCGGCGAGUAUCUGUGACAUGCUCCUGCCAUGAUGCUGAGUUUGUUGAUGCCAUGUCAUCAACCCGAGCAGUCGCGGCGUCUUGGUGUGGAAUGAGCAAGCCCGCCAUUGCCAAGUC